AUGAAUAACAGCCAAUUCCGCCGACUCCUCUCCGAGACGCCAAAUCGCAAUGGCGAUGCACCACCGGGCAAGAGCACAGUUCCUUCAGCGCUAGGGUCUAAGAAGGUCGGCUUCGUGCCCAUGACUCCGCGCACUGUUAGAGGAGGCGCAGACAUAGACUUUGCCCGGCAGGUCCGCGAGCGUAACGCUGCGCUACAGCCCGCGAAGAAGUUCAAGUCAUCGGUACCGAAAGGCGUCAAGUAUACAUCAGGCUAUACAGACCGAGCGAAAGCUAGAGCGGAGGCUGGCGAGGACGAAGACGGCAAGGCAGCCCGCAUUAAGGCGCUCGAAGAGCAGAUGAAGCUAGGUCAGAUCUCGCCGGAAGUGUUCGACAGUCUGAGAGAUCAAAUCACUGGCGGCGAUGCGUCGAGUACGCACUUGGUGAAGGGCUUAGAUCGACAGCUGCUCGAGAGAGUUCGCAGAGGCGAGGACGUGCUGAAUCUGAACGGCGAGCAAUCUCAGCAAACCCAGCUACCGGCCGAUGUUGAGGAUGAGCUCGACAAGCUCGCGGAGAGGGAUGUCGCCAUAGUCCAGCGUACAGCGGUGGAAAAGAAAGGCACGAUGACGGUGGCAGGAAAGAAGCGAAGUCGCGACGAGAUUAUGCGGGAAUUGAAGGCUGCGCGUCAAGCUGCGACACAAGCCCACCCUCUACCAGCACUUGACAGUAGAUGGCGCAAGGUCGGCGAGAAGCAGACCAGUCGCAUCGAGAUUGACCACAAAGGGCGCGAAGUGCUGAUUACCGUAGACGAGGAUGGUGUAGUGAAAAGGAAAGUGCGCAAGAUGCCGGUGGAAGCAACACAUGAAAAGACUGUCCCUAUGCUGCCCGAUAGCAGCAAGACUAUUCUGGGGUCUGAUGUGAUUGUACCGGAGACCGUUGGACAGCCAGUGGUAGCACAGCUAGACGAAGAUGACGAUAUCUUCGAGGGCGCCGGCAUUGAGUAUAACCCUCUUGGCGACGAGCCCGACAGAUCGCAAACACUUGCCCGCAACUACUUUGGCGACAGCUCCACAAACACGCAAGAUAUGCCAAGCAACCACUUUGCUGGCAUAGAGAAUGUCCUGAAGAAAGCAGCUAAUAUCAACCCUUUACGCCAGGCCUCUGACGAUGCCCAAGGCGAAGAUGAGGAGCAACGUCAAGCCUGCCUCAAGCGACGAGCCGAGAUGCUAGCCCAGCAGGAUCGUGAUUUGGAUGAUAUGGAUAUGGGCUUUGGCAGCAGCCGCUUUGAAGACGAAGCAGAGGCUGAUGGCGAGGGCAAGAAGGUGCGAUUGUCUGAGUGGAAGGGUGGAGACGGUGGCUGGGAAGAUGGCGAUGGAGAAGGCGGCAAAAAGAAACAGCGCAAGCCGAAGAAGAGGGAAGGUGAUGCUAACAACAUGGCUGAUCUAAUGAGAGUGAUUGAAGGAAGAAAGAAUGCAGGCAAGUGA